GAGCAAUCUGUGAAUAUGAGCAGUAAUGUGUGUGUUUUGUGUUCCAGGUACACUAAACUGGGAUUUGCAGGAAACACGGAGCCGCAGUUCAUCAUUCCCUCAUGCAUCGCCAUCAAAGAGUCUGCGAAGGUGGGAGAUCAGGCCCAGCGGAGGAUGAUGAAGGGUGUGGAUGACCUGGACUUCUUCAUCGGAGACGAAGCCAUCGAUAAACCCAAUUACGCCACUAAAUGGCCCAUUCGGCACGGGAUCGUGGAGGACUGGGAUCUGAUGGAGAGGUUUAUGGAGCAGGUGAUCUUCAAGUAUCUGAGAGCCGAACCCGAGGACCAUUACUUCCUGCUGACCGAACCUCCUCUAAACACACCGGAGAACCGCGAGUACACGGCCGAGAUCAUGUUUGAGUCCUUUAACGUGCCGGGGCUGUACAUCGCUGUGCAGGCUGUUCUGGCUCUGGCGGCGUCAUGGACGUCUAGACAGGUCGGUGAGAGGACGCUCACAGGAACCGUCAUCGACAGCGGAGACGGAGUUACUCACGUCAUUCCAGUGGCGGAAGGGUACGUGAUCGGCAGCUGCAUUAAACACAUUCCCAUCGCGGGCCGAGACAUCACGUACUUCACACAGCAGCUGCUGAGAGAGCGAGAGGUGGGCAUCCCACCGGAGCAGUCGCUGGAGACCGCCAAAGCCGUCAAGGAGCGCUUCAGUUACGUCUGUCCUGAUCUGGUGAAGGAGUUUAACAAGUAUGAUACGGACGGAUCCAAAUGGAUCAAGCAGUACACCGGCAUCAACGCCAUCAGCAAGAAGGAGUUCACCAUCGACGUGGGAUACGAGCGCUUCCUGGGACCAGAGAUCUUCUUCCACCCUGAGGUUUGGACAGGCACACACACACACACACACGCACCCUACAGAAAAACAGGGAGAAAAACACUAAUCUUUAUGUACUGAUAUAU